UACAAAACAAACACUUGUUUUCUUUAAUUCCAACCUGGCUCACUCCAAUGCUUUCUUCUUCCUCAAACACACGCUACCACUUCCAAAACGGAAUGAAUUAAUUUAAUUUAUGCCAAUAAAAAAAACUUGUACACAAAAAUAUCAAUUUUGAUAUGAUAUUAAUUGCAGUGUUAUCAGCAGUUACGCGCAAAAGAGAUAUCCGAUCAAGAUUAAUAUAUGCAGUUGCGCGCAGAAUUCUCCUAACUAAAUACUAUAACAUAAUUCAAAAACCCUAAAACAUGAAGCCACCAAUGGAGUUUUCUUCAAAUUCCUUAUUCUUCUUCUUUACGUUCUUCAUUUUCUUCUUCUUCUUCUCCUUUGUAGCUUCAAACCCUUCUGAUUCAUCUUUCAAAACCACCUAUUAUCAUCUCUGCAACGACGUUGUCCCGGCAUCCACAACGCCGCCCCAUGCUGAAACCUCCUUCGAUUUCGCUGAAUCUCUCCGAAUUAUGUCCGGUUACUUCUCCGGCGGCGAUCCAAUUUUCAACAAAUCUGCCGACGAAAAUAUCUCUAACCGCUUCUCUUUUCACGUCACCUCCGUCCGGAGAACUACCACCGACGGCGUGCACGAAUUGCAGGCGAAAGUGACUAUCAAGCAAGACAAAGUGGGCUCCGAUAGAUCGCUGGUUAGGUUUUAUCCGGAAGCUAGGGUUUCACAUUGGGUGAGGUUUACUCAACGACUGAAGGUUUCUCUCACUGGUUUUUGGUCACAAUCUUCUGGUAAGAUUUGUAUGUUUGGAAUAGGUACUUAUGGUAUGAAAAAUAUGCAAAAUGUUAAUGUUGUUCUUAAGCUUCGUUUUCCGAGUAAUGUUACAAUUUUCGAUAGUUUUAUUACUGGAACUUUGGAAAGCUUUGAUGAAAUGAAGAAUAGUUUGAAUCAUUUUGAACCCGUUUCGAUAAUGGCUUUGUCUCAUAGUUCAAAUUAUAAUUUUACAAUGAUUGGGAAGGAAAAUGAAAAUGGUAAUUGUGUAGCGGGAUCAAAUGAGGAAAGGUUAAGCCAUAGAAAUUUGAACCGAGAUGCUUGUUCUGUGUUUUUACGACAUACUGAUAAGUUUCAACUUGAUUAUGGAAGUCAAUGUAAUAAUGUUAGUUGUAAUCCCCUUGGUGGUGCUGGUGGUGUUAAGAAUUUGCCUGCUUUCACGCAUUUUUAUAGUGCUCGAUGCGUAGAGAGGCGGAAGAUUCAGAUGUUGUUGGCUUUUCCUGACUCACUUUACAGUGGCUAUGAGUUUCCGUUUCGUCCUAAUACAACCUUAAUAUCUGAAGGGGUGUGGGAUGAGAAGGAGAAUCGGUUUUGUGGAGUUGCAUGCCGGAUUUUGAACUUCACAGAAACUCCUUAUGUUGGAAAUUGCUCGAUUAAGUUCACGUUAUGGUUUCCUUCUGUGUUGUCUUUGAGAAACAGGAGCACUGUUUUGGGCCGGAUAUGGAGUGAUAAAGUUGUUGGUGAAUCUGGCUACUUCAGUAGCAUUGGAUUUGAGGGUAGCUGGAUAGGAUCAAGAGGUCUCAGUGGUUUACAAUACAAGUAUACUGAAAUUGACAGAGUAAGAAAAUCUUGUGGAGAAAAGGUUACUGCUAGCGGAAAAGGAAAGAAGUAUCCAGAUGGAUACUCUUCUGAUACAUCAUUUAGCAUGUCUGUGACAAACAGUAAAGGUCAAGUAGCUCAAGGUUACUCUUCACCACUUUUUGUUGGUGAUCGACGUUAUAACGGGCAGCCUUAUGGUGUUCCAUUUGUGCCAACGAAUGGAAACUUAAAAGCACACAGUUCACAGUACAACAAUUCAUUGAAUGUCAGCUAUAUGAUUAAGUUUAAACUUUCACCUGAUUUUAAGUUUGAUAGUGAGGGGUCCGCGACAAAAGUUAAAAUUAUUGCAGAAGGAUUGUACAAUAGGAAUACUGGAGUUAUGUGUCUUGUAGGAUGUCGGGAUUUGAGGACAAAUGGAAAAAUACUGUUAAAGAAUGAAUCUCUGGACUGUGAAAUCAUGGUUAAUAUCCAGUUUCCUCCAUUGAAUGCAAAAGGAGGUGAAUUUAUUAAAGGGACCAUAGAAAGCAUGCGACAAAAGGCAGACCCUUAUUAUUUUGAGCCCCUUCAGUUGUCUUCAUAUUCUCUAUACAGAAACCAAGUAGAUGCAUCCAUUUGGAGAAUGGACUUUGAGAUAAUUAUGGUAUUGAUAUCAAACACACUUUCUUGUGUGUUUGUAGGAUUGCAACUCCUCCAUGUGAAAAAGCACACAGAAGUACUUCCUCGCAUUUCCAUUGUGAUGCUUCUUGUUAUUACUCUAGGUCACAUGAUUCCCCUGGUGCUGAACUUUGAAGCCCUAUUCAAGGUGAAUCAUAAUGGUGUGCAGAAUGUUUUUCUUGGGAGUGAAGGGUGGCUUGAAGUGAAUGAAGUAGUUGUGAGGAUGGUGACAAUGGUAGCUUUUCUUCUAGAGCUGCGUCUUCUACAACUGACCUGGUCUUCAAGACAGAGUGAGGAAAGCCAGACAGGUUUGUGGGCUUCCGAAAAAUGGGUUCUUUAUAUGACUCUACCAUUGUAUUUUGGCGGUGGAUUGACUGCAUGGUUCGUGCACAUAUGGAAGGAUUCUCGCCGGAAAAGCUCACGUCCAUUCCAUCUUUCACGCCACAGGUUUAGGUUUCCUCGUGGACAUCCUUAUCCACUUCCUUCGCUCUGGGAAGACUUCAAAUCUUAUGCUGGUUUACUCCUUGAUGGGUUUCUGCUCCCACAAACUCUGUUCAACAUAGUGUCUAACUCCGAAGGGAAGGCUUUGGCAUCUUCAUUUUAUUUUGGAACAACCGUUGUUCGUAUAAUGCCCCAUGCAUAUGAUCUCUUUAGAGCUCACAGUUCUGCAUGGUACCUUAAUAUAUCAUCCAUAUACGCAGACCAUAGAAUGGAUUUUUAUUCCACAGCUUGGGACAUCAUAAUUCCAAUUGGUGGUCUUUCAUUUGCUGUCCUCAUAUACCUUCAACAAAGAUUUGGAAGCCGCUGCAUUCUUCCAAAGAGGUUUAGAAAAACUUCUGCCUAUGAGAAAGUACCUGUUAUUGGUAAUGAUGAUUUGUGAUGAUAGCCUAAUAUUGAUUACAUUUUGUAAAAUGAUAUUUUUUGUUGAGUAUUAGAAGACACUUAUUGCAAUGGCAGACACUUAUUGGUAAAGAGUAUAGAAUUUUGCCCAUAUCAAGAAACCUUUUCCUACCAUUUAGCAUCUUUUGUAUAAUCUUUUAAGUUUUGCCCAAAACUCGCUGCUAUGAGACAAAAUGCUGUUCAUUUUAGUAUUUGGCAAGUUAAAAACUUAAGGUGCAUUUGGCAAA